GUUCUUCACUUUCCCUCAUGGGGAAGGUUCCGGUUUACAGUACUGAUGCGUUGUAUCUCCACCGUAUAGCUGGGAAACGCCAAACGUUCAACGCACGAAAUUUUACAUAUUCGAAUUUUCAGAUUUCGGAACAAUAUGUUUUCGAAACUGGAAGACGCCGUUCUCGGGCGUUUAAGCAAAUUAGCAACAACGUUAUAAACAUAGAGUGAAACAACCCGACGGUUGGAAAUGGCGUAUACCAUUUGAAAGUUUAAAAUUGCAAGUAAGUAAAUCGCGUGGUUCGAUUACACGUUUUCGGUUUGAAAGGGUUUUCUGUGUCAACGGUUUCCUGGUACAUGGCUGUGAAGAGAAAUCAUAUGUUUUAAACAAAGCAAUUUUAUUUCUGAUGAAAAGCUGUGCUUUAUAUUCUAAUACAACUGAGAACACAACCAGGAGUUACAUGUGCCGUCCAUAUGCCGAAAGUGCUAUUGCUCACUGCUGACCGAAUUGAUCGUGCAAUGUAGAUCAUAUAUCGAAUCCGUCCAUAAUUUCUCCCAUUAUGUAAUUUAUUGACCAACGCACGUGAAUACUGAACACGUAGAGGAAAACAGUAUCUCGCAAUACGUAAAUAGAAUAAUUCAUCUUGCCAUGUAAGUUAUUUGUUCUCAUCAUCAUACCAGCAUACCCGCUCUAUUGUUGGUGUUUUUGUUGUUUGAGAUUUAGUACAAUUAAGAUCCGAAUUUUUGUUGUUACGGAGAGUUGUGAUAAUUUAAUGCAAAUAAACACUUCACUGUGUAAUAGUUGAUGCUUCAUAUUACUGUGCAAAAUCAAUACACUGAAGCUUACUGAACUGCAAUAUUGUGAAACAGAAGUUUGUUUUUCUUCAGUAGUGAAGUGCAGUAGAGUAACCGUGACAAAGUUAUGAAGUGCCGGUAGUGCUUAAUCUGAGCUGUGUUACUUAGCAACAAAGCAACAAGUAUGAUGGAAGCACCGUAUCUGUGUGUGUUGUAUGUAGCCACUGCAGGUCAGCAAGGGCCCGGUUUGGGGGCCGAUGAAGAGGAGAUUGUAUUGUUGGCUUAUAUAAUCAUCGACAUGGGGCAGAACAAGGUGGUGGGGCUGCAACAGUACCUGGUGAAGCCCCGGGUGGCUGACGUCAACGAGAACGUUCUGUCGGAGCAAUUGGUGACGGAGAGCGCCCUCACUGAAGACCUCGUCAAGAACGGCGUUCCUCUGGAGACGGCAAUCCAGCAGUUCGAACACUAUGCACGACAGACGUUUCACAUCGGCCCCUCCACACAUUCGCUACGGUUCGUCACAGAUGGACAACUACCGCUUCGACAGUGUCUUCACCCGGAGACCUGUUCCAAAAACCUGGAGCUGCCCAGCUACUACUCUUAUUUCCACGAUCUUCGGAAAGAAUUUCGGGCGUUUUACAGUAUGCCUGAAGAGCCACAGUGCAUCAGAGACAUGAUAGCAUAUCUGGGCAUGACGCCCGACACAGAAUCAGAAUUCUACGUGAAAGAGAUCAAGGACAUGGUGAACAUUGUGCAGAGGCUUCUGGCAGAUGGUCAUAAAUUUGAAAAUCCAGAGGCGGUGAACCUGAGGCUGGAGCCCGGAAUCUGCUCAAAAAAUGAGGAGGUAGACAACAGUUGUGUUGUUCGUGCAAGAGGUCUUCCUUGGCAAUCCUCAGACCAAGAUAUUGCCAAGUUUUUUCGUGGACUCAAUGUUGCAAAGGGUGGAGUAGCUUUGUGUUUGAGUCCCCAGGGUCGCCGAAACGGUGAAGCUCUUGUCCGAUUUAUCAACCAGGAACACCGAGAUAUGGCACUCAAGAGGCAUAAGCACCAUAUUGGUAAUAGGUACAUUGAAGUAUAUAAGGCAUCUGGAGAAGACUUCAUCAAUGUGGCAGGAGGUAGCAACAAUGAAGCUCAGGCAUUUCUGUCUCGAGGAGGUCAAGUUAUUGUACGGAUGCGUGGGCUACCCUAUGACUGCACAGCAAAACAAGUUUUGGACUUUUUUGAGGCAGGUGAGAAUUCCUGCCAGGUGAUGGAUGGUGAAGAAGGAGUACUGUUCGUAAAGAAGCCUGAUGGCCGGGCAACAGGUGACGCAUUCGUUCUCUUUAACCAGGAGGAGGAUGCAGGCAAAGCUCUAAGCAAGCACCGUGAACUAAUUGGUUCCCGGUACAUUGAACUGUUCCGCAGCACGACAGCUGAGGUCCAGCAGGUUUUAAAUAGGUCAAUGGACCCCAAAACUUAUGAGCCACAAAUGCCACUGAUAGCACAAGUACCACAAGUGCCAUUGUUGCCACAACAUAUAAUCACUUCUGGGACACGAAAAGACUGCAUACGACUUCGAGGGCUUCCGUAUGAAGCCCAAGUGGAACAUAUAUUGGACUUUUUGGGAGAUCAUGCAAAGAAUAUUGUCUUUCAAGGUGUCCAUAUGGUGUACAAUGCACAGGGUCAGCCUUCUGGUGAAGCAUUCAUCCAGAUGGAUUCAGAGCAGAGUGCAUUCCAAUCAGCACAGCAGAAGCAUCACCGCUACAUGAUCUUUGGGAAGAAGCAGCGCUACAUUGAAGUGUUUCAGUGUUCUGGUGAAGACAUGAACCUGGUGCUCACUGGCGGCAUACCAGCUGGCGCUGUGUCUCCUGCCAAAGCAGCUACUCUGUUAUCUCCUGGUAUGUUGCCACCCCAUCCACCCCCACCAAUUGGUAGUGCAGUUGCCACCCCCUUGCCACCUCCUACUCCAGCUCUCCCAUGGGAACCAUCCCAUGCACUGGUGCAGGCUCAGGUUGCAGUUGCUCAACAAGUGCAGGCACAUGCAUUGGCCCAACAGAACUUAGCAAUCCGUCAGUCGCAGGCUCAGCAAGAAGGUCUAUGGUUCAUGAACCAAUUAGCUGUUGCCCAACAGCACCAAGCUGCCAUGGCUGCUGCUCUUGUUGCAGCGACCUCAUCCAGUAAUUCUGCAGCCAAGCAGAACUGGAAUGAACUUAAUGGCAAUGCUACAACGGGCAUCGUUUCAUCUGGUCAGCCGACCAACCCGACUGUGUCUGUCUCAUUAGCCAAGUCCACAUCUAGCACAGCUAACACUCAGUCGCAAUUGGUUCCUCCACCCACUAAUCCAGCUGUUACAUCUGCUUAUGGGCCACUGAUUCCGCAUGCUUCUCCAUUUCCUGGAACAACUCAUCCCUCACCAGUAGCUAGUGCUCCCCCAGGAUUGUUUCUGUUAAAUAUGCCUCCACGACUUCCUCUAGGAGGUGCCCCUCUAUUACCUCCACAAGCUUCAGCUGGACUCACUGUCACAUCAAAUUUUCACCCCAAGGGUCCACCACCACAGUUACCUGCUGGAACUUCAUUUCCACCAGGAACUGCACAUCCACCCCCGCCUCAUGCAGUGCUUUCUCCCAUUAUACAGUCCCCUGUGACUGCAGCAGCAAUCAUGGGUUUGAAGCGUUCAUGGGAGCAGGCCUUCCCAACAGAGAUGCAAACCACAGGAGCAGUUAAGAGGCAGUGGCAACCCCCACAUUCAGCAACCACAACAUUCCACCCUUCAGCAGGAUUGCCAACAGUUGCUUAUCAGGCACCAUUCUACCCUGCUCUUUGAAGAUUUUUGUAACAUUCCAUAGAUAUAUUCCAAUAACAACAUUCCCUUAAUAUAACAUAUUUAUAAAUAAUGUUGGCAUUACUUUUAGUGUAGAUUCUCACUAUAAAACCUAUACAGUUUACCCAAGCCACUAACUCUAUAAGUUGACCUGUAUUUGUAAGUACUGUAGAAGGUUUCUGUGGCAGAUGAUAGGGGAUUCAGUUGUCAUGAAUGACACAGUACUUGGCAUUCUGAGCUAUUCCAAUUUGGGCAGGAAAGCCUGGGUUUUGCUUGGCAAAAAGGAAACUUUGAUUCUGCAGUUUAAUUGCAUACCUAUGUAUUGUAUUGUGAGUACACUGACUCAUCAAAAUGCUCACAUACCAUGGCCAUGAUGCCUAUAGGUGUGGAUAAUCUCAAUGUUAUGUUUUGCUGUGUGUUGUAGGAGCUUAUUCUGAAGUAAUUCAGUCUUCCUGAAUAUUCAGUUGGAUUUUUCUUUCUCACUUCCAUUCAGAUAUUAAACUCUUUUAUUACUGAAAAUAAGAGGGAGAUAAACUUUCAUCAUACUUUUGCCUUUGAUCAGCUCACUCAGUUUAUGAAUUUUUACAGAGACGGAUCUUCUGUGAAUAUUUUUUUUCACACCCUUGUUAGAAGAAUAGUUUUGUUUAUGUAGUAUCAUAUUUGAUAUCAUGUACUAUCUCAGGACGCAGUUGAAAGCUAAGCAAUACAGUUUGAGACAGUACAUUUUAAGAUAUUUGUAAUUUACAACAGUCAAGUGCCUUUGUAAGACUUAACAUGUGCCUUUGCUUGAAACUAACACUGUUACUCUGCGGCAUGUAGGUUGUCAGUUGGGCAGCUCUUUAAGACUUGCAGAUUGAAGUGAAGGCUUUUAUUUCACCUUUACUCAGUAUCCUUAGAUGACAAGGUUGUGGACAUGAUACAGGCUAAAAUGUAAGAAGCAUACAUAGCUGAUUGUAUGAUUUUGUUUUCUGUUUUGGAGUUAACAUUUUUAAGUGACUAAACAUGUCAUACAUCAGACUCUACAUGUGUCUUAUUGCACAUAUAAGGUAACAUUCAUUGUUGAUUGAUGAAGGAAAGCAAAUGGUAUUUGUAAGAAAAGGAGUAGUUUCUCUCAUUCCAGUUGAUAUUUUUUUUUUGGUUGUGAUGGUUGUAAGAGUUCAUAUAAAUUGUACAAGCACUGUUGGCAACUUUUAUGUUUAUUGAGAUUUCUCAUGUGCCUUCCACACUGCCUUACUUCUGAAGUAGUGCUGCUUCAACUUUUGAGACAUAAGAGUGAAAUAAAAAAUGAACUCUCAGGGUGACAUUUGCUUUCUUUCAGAGUAGUUUAUCUUCCAUUAGAAUUAAAUAGAAAGCAUGUUUGAACCAAGAUGAAGUGAUUUGUUGUCUGGGUUAGGGGUAUAUCCUGGCUAGGCAAACUCUUGCACCUGUAUCUCUAGUGCAACAAGGAAACAAGUUAAUGGACUGCACCAAAAUGUGUUGUGUUGUGAUGUAGAAUUUCUCCUUGUCUACACUUUGCUGUGACUUUAUUUAAAGUGAACAAGUGCUGAAUGGAGAUGGGCUUGCUGUUGUUUUGUUUUCCCAAAACGUAAACAUGUGGAGCCAUAAACUGAUGUGACAACAGGGUUCUAUACCCUACAUCAUUUAAUAAACCAGAGCAAUCCAUAAAAAAAUUACUUUGUUAUUUCCUCCAUUGUUAUUUUUUGUUACCUGUGUCACUUGUUUGUACAUUUAUGGUCUUACCUAACAUGUUUUUUUUCAUGGAUUGCAAGUUGAAAGCCUCUUCUAAGGCUAUCAAUCCAAAUUAUUAUUUUGACAGAUAUUAAUUUCUUCUCAUUACAUCAGGAUUUUUAAAUUUCAUUAGAAUGACAUAUUGUACAAGAAAUAUCAGUUCAUACUUCAAUAUGAUUUUAUGGGUAAUCUUCAUGUUGCUUGGCUUAAUGGAUGGAUACCCAUAGAACAGGCUUUUGUGUAAGUUUGGAGGAAGUUGGUGCUGGGAAAAGUUUUAAAAAUUGUGUGUUCUUUAUUCCCUACAUUUAUAAGGAGCAGGGCAAUGGGUUAUAAAUUUUCUUUGGGCUGUUGAAUGGAGUACUGGAUUGCAAUGAUAUUCUCACAAGGUCUGGAUACAGUGACAGAGCACACAGCCACAAUACUGCCAUGUAAUGCAUUCUUAUUACUAUAAAUUUUGAUAUGCUGCCAUUUACUGUGAGAGUCUUGUCUUUUGAAAUUAGAAAAAGUAAAGUUCUCCUUGGCAUACAACAUUGUGGAUGUAAAUCUUUCCACAAUCUUAACUUCUACACUGGAUGGAGGUGAGUGGUCAGUUUCAUGCUCUGGCCAGAGCUCAUCUUACUUGUCUUACUUUUAGGUGUUAAGAUAGUUAAUAGAUGAGAUGAUACUCUGCCAGCCAAAUUACUCUUUAUGUUUGAGGAGAGAACAUUAAUUUCAGUAAUGAUUAAUUACCAUGUGUUAUUUGUAUUAAAACCCAACUCCGAAGAUAGGAUUUGUGAAUCCAUCCUGAAGUGCAGCUAUUUUGAUUUGUAGCAUCUUGUCUUUUGUUACUGUGGACAUGACCAAAUCUUGUGAGUUCCUGAAACUGUUUCUUGUGGGAACCAUGGGACCAAGCACGAACCAAGGUUUAAGGUCAUAAAAACCCCCAUAUUAAGUAAUUUUUUUUGCUAGCUCAUAAAUGCUUCUCUAAGGGUUUGGUAUGCUCUUCUAUAACUCAUAUUUUGUUGUUGUUGAUAUGUAUAGUGAAAUAUGUUAGUGGUAAGAAGAGCAAAAUUGUGAACAAAAGAAAGUGGGAACUAACAAGUAGACUUUCUUUUUGUUAAGUUUUGUUAGUCCUGCUUAUUAUUUCUCAAGUUUUUGAAUAGUAUUUUGUGUAAUGUUUUCUUUUAAAAGCUCUUAAUUUCCAAACAAAAUUUGCAUUCUAUUUUAGUUUUUUCUGCCCUGGUCUUUGGACUUAAAUGGAAUAUAUAAGGAUAAACUACUUGGAUUUUUAAGAAAUGUGUUGUAGUUAUGUAAUAUGAGUAGUGAAUUUAUCACAGUUUUUUAUAAUACAAUUUGUUCUCUUUUUGGCUUUCGCUAGAAGGUAGCUGUGGUAGGCUGUCUCCUUUAUGUGGGCUAUUUGAUUCAAAAUGCUGCUGUGUCAAACUAACAGCUAACCUCCAGAACUGUGUAUGUUGUUGACUUGUUAUACUUGAAAGACCUCCUUGCUUUUCUAGCGAGAGUUAAAAAUAUCAAAAACAGUAGUGAUGUAUUAUUUUUGUAUCUUGAUUUCAAGGAGUAAGGCAUAUGAUGAUUGAUUAAUAAACUCCGUUUUUGUGAAA